AUGAUGUGCUUCUUAGAUCCCCAAACUGCUUUACAUGCUGAAUUUACAAGUUUGUUUAAUGUUACCUCAAAAUUUCCAAACAUUGUUUCCGAAAGUGACAUUCAACUAAUCGACAAUGAAUUCAGGGAACUUAAACUUAAUAUGGAGGUCGCAAACUUAUUAUGCAGUACUAGCAGCAGAGAGGCUGUUACUAAUGUUGAAGAGUUUUGGGCGUCAAGUGCACUGUACGAACAAAAAAUAGCUGAAGAUGAAGAAUUUAAUUUCGCAAUGGAUAACCUAAUGGGUGACGAAUGGAAUCAAAUUUGGGAGGCUCUCUGGGAUAAUGAGACUAUCCUUGAAGAAGCUAAGAUUGACAAUGGAAUCUUAAUCCGCCAGGUUGUUCUGAAAUUGAAACAUAGCAGUCGACUAUAA